UUAAGUUUGUGAAUAAUGGAGCAAGAAACACUGGGGAAAACCUUGAACAUUUUUACCUUUCUUCUCCUCCCUCUUUUUCUUUUUCUUCUUGGGUGGGACAGUGUGAAGAACUUCAUGGACAGCAGGAAAGAAGAAUGAAUUUUGAACAGACCUUCCUGCAAAGCUCAUAAAGGGAGGGCUCUGUGACCCAACAUUCUUUGCUAGAUCCUCUUUAGUACUGCAUGAGGUAAAAUGCCUCACAAUCGUCCCAGGCUCCCAAGUGCAAUCCCAGAGGUGGCUUGGGAGUCCAGGCUGGAAGAAAUGAAUGAAACACUGAAGGGAGCAAUUGCCUGCCUGGGAGUGGCUGUGUUCUUUAUGAUGACAAUUGGGAUUAUUUACUGGCAAGUGGUGGAUCAGCCAAACAACUGGAUCCUGAGAGGCAGUGCCAGUGGUCUCAUAUGGGAGCGAAAAGCACACUCCCUCAUCUUGUUGUCCCUGAGUGAUGAGAAAAACUUGUUGGAGAUUAAUGUGCGCAGCUUCCAGGAUACAGAGGCACCUUUUGUGAAGAAUCUGUGUGGGCUAAAUAAAACAGAAUUCUGCUACACCUGGGAUGCUACAGCAAACCUGAAGAUUUCCUUGGAGUCCAGGCUUUCUUCCAACACUGAGUGCUACAGCAUAAAUUGGACCCCUCAGCAUUGCCAGGUUAAACUAAAGGAUUGUUUUUCUAUGACAAACAUUUCCUGGUAUGGAGGAGCAAGUAUCAGCACACAGCAUUGGCCUUUGAACAGUGUGGACAUAGAGGCCCAACCAUUCAUUAUCAGCAACCUUACCCAAAAUCCCACUGGCUAUGGAUCUGUCUUAGAAAGAUAUUUUUUGGGAUCAACUGGGGUGACAGUUAUGAUUGCCUCAGAUAUCCCCAUCUCUUUCUCAGUGGAGAGGAAUGAACAUUUUUGCCUUGAGAGUAUACCUGGCAUUGAUAUGGCAUUCUUACAGUACACAGUGUGUGUCAGUCCAAACAUCACAUCUGCCCACCAGGAAGUGGGAAGUCAGCUUUCAAGACAACGACAGAGGCUUCCAGAUACUGACCUACUCUGGCUGCCAGUCUGGAAGUAUCAUGGAACAACAGAGUCUGCUGCCAAAAUGGAGCGAGGAGUAAGGUCUUUCUUCAAUAAACUGCAAAGGCACCAUUUUGGGGAGGGGCUAAUCAUGCUCAACGAACCUUCCACAACUUUACUGUGUAACACGGACCAAAUAUAUUUACCUGUGAUGAGAAGAAAGCUUCAUAUGCUGAGACGUGUUAUGCACCCCUCAAUAUUAAAACCUCUAAAAAUUUCUAUAACUCUCUCUCCUUAUGUCAACAUCAACUCUGAACUCUUUCAAAUGUCUCUGCAAGAAGGCAAAGAACACUUCUGGCUGAGCCGCUAUUCAGAACCUCGAGAAUACUCGGCACCACUGCUUACCAAAUGGAAAGGGCAGCUUUCCGUUCUACUGAAUGUAACCAGCCAGGCUGCAGUGCUCUGGUAUAUGGAUCAAGUGAGACUCUUGAAACAGAGAGUGGGAGCAGAAUAUGUGGUUUUGGAAGGUGGUGAGGGCAACUUGUUUAUGGAGCAAGCCAUCCAAUCCCCUGUGGAACUCAAAGGGGAUAAGUAUAUCUACAUGUUAGCCUUAAUAGCAGCUACACUGGGAAAUUCAUCAGUCAUGAGUGUUGGCACAAGAUCUAGCCAUCUGCCACUCUUUGUCCAAAUGAACCCACUCCAGUCUGACUGGAGCCACGCUGGUUUAAAAGGGAUUAUUCCAUCUGUGCUUCACUACAGUCUUCUUGGUUACAACUUUUUCAUUCCAGAUGCAAUUGGAGGGACACUAACAAAUGAACAUCUGACUGAUGAAGAGCUAUAUGUUAGGUGGCUCCAAAUAGUGACUUUCCUUCCAGUGAUGUCUUUCAGCACACCGCCCUGGGUCUGCUGUGAUAACUGGGUACUAAAUCUCACAAGGCACUACAUACACAAGCACCUGGAUUUUGUGGUGCCUCUCAUCUUAAAGUAUAGCAAGGAAUGGCUGUUUUGGGGAUAUCCUAUUUUUCGACCUGUGUGGUGGCUAAGCCCUACUGAGUCUGUCAGUUUUACAAUUGAUGAUGAAUUUCUCAUAGGUGAUGAGGUACUUGUUGCCCCAAUAACGGGACAAGGGCAAAGUCAAAGAGAUAUCUUUCUGCCCGGGGAAGGUCAGAAGUGGAUGGAUACCAACACUGGUCAGGUGUUUGAUGGAGGCACCUUCAUCAGAAACUAUUCUGUUACUCUUGUCGAUAUCCCCGUUUUUGUUCGAACUUCUUAGAUUCCAGGCUGUCCCAGAUCUCAGAAGGUUUACCUGCUGCUCAGAAAAGUAUGGCUGACAUGAGCUUCCUUUCUGACACUGACUUUCUCUCUUUCUUUGAAAAGAACCUGCAUCCAGUUGCACUGUUUCAGGAUUAUAUAUUAAAACAAAUAUUAAAAUGUAACUGUUUAUUAGCAUUGCUACUUUUAAAAAAAAGUAAGCAUCUGCAGGACGCUUUGUCUGGAUUACGUCUUACCAACAUUUCAUUUCUUGAAACUCUGGCCGCCACUUCAGAAUAUAAUACAGCCCGCUGGUUCAGACCAGCGAUCCAUCUUGUCCAGCAUACUGUUUUACAGAGUGACCAACAGUUGCCCUAGCCUAAAGGUAGGCUAAUCAACCUUCAGGUGUGGCUUGGAGUUCUCCCUG